AUGACCCUGCCACAGCCUGGCUCUGCAGAGAAGACAAUCAGGAAAAUAGACAUAUCCCAGGUCUCCCUGAGUUUACAGGACCGCCUCGGCCUGGCCAAACUGAAAUACCAACAUGGCCGACUUCAUGGACUGAACUCGACCCUUCAAGACUCCAAGUUGGGUCUAUCCGACAAUGAAAAACCUUCAGACUCCUCCUCCGAAUUCUCACGCAGCCGCUGUGAAACCCCGUUUACCUCUCCUCCCUUGCGAGCCGCCACGUACUCGAAAGAGCUGCCUCGAUCCGCUCGGAACAAACAUGCUGUCACCUUUGACUCCCAUGUCAUGCAGCCCAUGUUAACGGCAGGACGCAAGCGUCUUCGAUCAGACUCGAAUGAGGGCCGCCCUGCAAAGGCCCCACGGGUAUCAUGGAAGAGUUCAUACAAAUUACCCCAGUCUUCACCUGGUCUAGUUCAUCACACGACACGACGAAGCCAAAUGCCUUUCAUGUCCGAAGCACCCAUCCCCGAGAUGUCAUCUCCCGUAUAUCAAGGCCCAUCUGAUGAAGAGAAUGAUCCGGAGCUACCCUUGCAUAGCUUCCAGGUUGCGGGCUCUAUGGUGGGAUCCUCACCCCCUCGGACACCCCCUCCGAAGCAUGCACGCCUACCACGAACAGACCGAGGCCAAGGGGAUGAUGGCGCAGACUUGCUGCUUUUCCUAGCCAAUUCCCCGACCCCGGCUCGUGUGGCUGCUGGCUCCCAGUCUCAUGUUUUCCCUCCCUCGACCCCUCCAAGCCAACAUGCGGGUCUAGGAUCCCUGCCCAAUCUUAUGGGAACCCCAGGUCAACAAUUCAACUUUGCGGAUUUUGUGAACGUUACUCCUAGCCCAGCACAGCCUGCAUGGGGUGGUCGUACUCCUGGGAACCCGGCUCGAACACCUCUCACUGCGAAAGAUGCUCGCAAGCGGCUGAACUUCGAUGCACUGGUUCCUCCGAGCGCUUCACCAAGGAUGCGCAGCAAAGAGGGUGGACUAGCACUGCAGCUUGGAGGCGAGCUGCAUCGCUAG